AUGCAAUCUGCCAGGCGCUUCGGCGCACCUGUGCCAAAGUUCAAGUACGAGUCCCUUCGCAUGGUUUCGGAGCUUUGUUCCCCUAAUGAUUUUCUGUUCACAGUAGAUCUCAAGUCAAGCUACCACCACAUCGAUAUCUACGAGCCGCACUGGAAGUACCUCGGCUUUCAGUGGCAGGGACAGUACUACGUUUUUACACAGCUUCCGUUCGGGCUCGCUCCGGCUUGUUACGUCUUUACGAUGGUGAUGCGGCAGCUGACGAAGUCCUGGCGCGCCCGCGGCUAUCGCCUCGUCCACUACAUUGACGAAUUUUUCUUCGCCUGUCGCGAUAAGGCCGAGUUCGCCCGAGUCCAGGCUUGCGUCCUUGCCGACUUAGCUGCUGCGGGUUUGGUCGUCUCUCUUGACAAGUGCCAGCUUAGCUGCAGCCAUGUAGUCAAGUUUCUAGGCUUCGUCGUUGACACUCUCUUUGGACAGUUUCGCCUUACCGCUCUCCGCAAAGCUAAGCUUGCUGCUGCAAUCGAUUUGAGUCUUCGCGCUCCUCUAGCGGUCAAGGCAAAAGCUCUCGCUCGCAUCACUGGCUUGAUUACAUCGCUCUCUCUAGUUACAGGUCCAAUCUCUGGCCUGUUUUCUCGCUAUCUUCACCGCGCCCUCGCUUCGCGCUCCUUCUGGUACAGUAAAGUAGCGCUCGAUUCUGCAGCCGUCUCUGAGCUCCACUUUUGGAAGGAACAUCUCCCUCGUUUCGAGAGCCGGGUUAUCUGGCGAAAGCAUUCUUUGCUUCGGGUCCUGUACCACGAUGCUGAUGGCCAGGGUUGGGGCGGCCACUUAGAAAUAGGUUCUGUCCGCCACGAGGCCCACGGAGCUUGGGAAGCGCACGAGGUGCAUGGCGUUGCGUCUUCCACGUGGCGCGAGCUGACUGGCCUUCUGCGUCUCUUGCGUGCCUUCCGCCCUCUUCUCAGUGACUGCUCUGUGAUUGCCCGGGGAGACGCGCUCAACGUUUUCUCGAUUCUUUCAAAAGGAGGUUCAGCGAAGGAGCAUCUACAGACGAUUUGCCUUGAGCUCUUCUCACUGUGUUCUGAACUCCGGAUCGAACUUCGACCGGAGUGGCUCCCUCGCGAGGAGAACACGCGCGCGGACUACCUCAGCAAGAUUCGCGAUGUCGACGACUUCGGGCUUUUAGCCGAAACCUUCGCGCUUGUCUCUCGGUGCUUUGGUCCUUUUUCGGUUGACCGCUUCGCCAGCGAGCACAACGCCAAGCUACCUCGGUUCAAUUCGUUCUACUGGUGUCAGGGAGCGGAAGCUGCUAAUUCCUUCACCCAAGACUGGGGCAGCGAUCAGAUUAACUACUGCUUUCCACCUCCUGCUUUGGUCGCUCCGACCCUUCGGCAUGCGCGCGCGUGCCGCGCGCGCAUGACACUCGUUGUUUUCGGCUGGCGUUCUGCUCCGUGGUGGCCGCUGUUGCAGUGCGGCAGCGUCGCUUCCGGUCGCGGUUUUGCUCCGUUCGUCUGCGGCCAGCUUCAUUUUCCGGCGGGGCGUGAGGUGUUAGUUCCGGGGCGUGCUUCUCGCGACCGUUUCUUCGGCAAGGGGGUCCCAAUCUCUGACGUCUUUGCCCUCAACCCACUCACCGUAGCUCUGUACAUGAUGCGUCUCCUUCGGACUGCCAAAACUCCCUCCCCGUUGCUGACGUUUUUCGGCGCCGUUUACUUGAACCACUCCAUGGCCGGCCUCUCCUCCCCCACAAAUCAUCCAGUCGUCCAGAUGGCGCGCGAGGUCGCCCGCCGUCUCAAGCUUGCUGGCCUGAACCAGAAACGACCUUUUCUUGCAUCGCAAAUCCGUCGCCUUUUUGAGCUUUGGGGCGGUCCGUCUGCGAAUCUCCAUCAACUCAUGAAGCUUACUAGCAUUACCCUUUGCUUCACGUCCUUUCUCCGCUAUGACGACCUCGCAGCAAUCCAGUGGCAGCAUAUCAAGUUCUUCCCCAAGUCUCACAUGGAGCUGUUCAUCCCCGAUAGCAAGACUGACCAGUACCGCCACGGGGACUCUGUUUUUGUGGCGUGCUUGGGCGGACCUUACUGCCCGGUAGCUCUCGUCCAGCGUCUUCUUCAGACCGGCCGCUACAGCGUCUUCGGUCCUGGCCCGCUCAUCCGUUCGACGCUCAUCUGCCCCCCCGAGCAGCGCCUCAAGUCUUCUGCCCCUUGCUACUCUACCGUCAAUGCUUGGUUUAAGGAGAACGCGUCACUGCUUGGACUCGAGCCAAAAUUUUACGGCACUCACUCUGGCCGACGCGGCGGCGCAACCGGCGCGGCCGCGAACGAUGUUCCUGACCGCCUGUUCAAGGGGCACGGCCGCUGGCGCUCUGAGCGCGCGAAAGACGGUUACGUAAAAGAGAAGCUUCAGGCUAAGCUUGCUGUAACCCGCAACCUCGGCCUGCAAGAAGACAUUCCCAUUGCACAAUUGCGCGCAUUCGAACGCGAGGCGCGGCUGAUUUAG